AGUGUGUACGUAAUUUUAUUUAUCCCAUUAAAUCUGUGCGAAUGUAAUGUUCCUUUAAAAUUAUUUAGAAGAUUAACCGUUGGAGUCGAAGCGUUGACAAAAUUGUUGAAGUGAAAUUCCAUUCUAGUGCAGGCGGACUGAAAACUUAUUUUGAGCUCGGACACAAAUGGAGCAUUCGUUUAAUAAAUUGGAAUUGGCACAGAAGAACAAUGUCGAAAAUUUGAUGAAAUGGUUUACAGACGCCAAUAUAAUAACAAGCACCGACGACGAAGACCGAGUCAAGACGUACUUCCUGGAGACUGGAGACAACCCGCAGAACGUCAGCUGGAGCGCUUUUAACCAGGUGCUGGUCAAGAUCGCCAACGACCAGGGCAAGAAUUAUCAUUAUCUUAUAAAAUUUUUAGGCUUCGACCUCCUGAAGAGGGCCAUCAUGUCGGCGGUGGGGCACUCCAUGAAGAGCCGUUCCGUGCGGCAAGGCGCCGACCACAAAUUUUAGCGCCCUGUGGAUGUCUUGGUGUUAUUGUACGCAAUAAACAGUAUAGAAUAUUUGUACGUUUACAUCUGUUGGUUUCAUGCAUUGUGUAAAUAUAGGCAGUUGCAACUGCCCCUUGAGUGGGUAACUGCACGUGCUGCUCGCCACCCUGAACACUAACUUAGUACGGGGGUGGGUCGCUGGCGCUGAUGUUUCCUAUAAUUUUGUUUUAUUUUCCCUGUUACAUAUAAAUUGCUGUAACGUUGAAGGAACACAUCGUGAGGACAACUGUAGCAGAAGAUCAACACAAGCGUAUAACGGAACACGCGUUGGAAUUCUCACUAAUCACCACUGGCGACAAAUGGAAAAAAAACCCAUGUUACUUACC